AAUCUGUGGAAGAUAUUCACCAAAAUAUGAUGUUUUAAGAACAGCAUCUGCAAGCCAAUCUAAUUUCUUGAUCAAAUACUGAGAAGUAAGAUUUUCUAACAAAAACCAUACUGCCAUCACCAUUUUCACCACUUCAAAUGGCUUUCCGAUCUCCUCCACCAGUCGAACAAAAAGUUCAAGAUUCGUAGUAUCGUAAAAUCGACCAAGAUUCAUCUUGAAUACAAAAUCACCCAUGGAUACAAUACUCAGAUUAACUGGAGAUCAAGUUUUCUGCAAAAUCUGUAUUAAUUUUGGCGCUUUUUAGGAAACCCUUCAUUACCAACGGCUAUAACAAAAUCUUUCAGAAAAUGCCAUUAAAUAUAUUUAUCCAUUUUGAGGUGUAAAUAGAGUGUAAGAUAAUUUGAUCAAUUAUUAUCCCCAUUUAGGGACCCUUGUAUAUUGGAGAAAAAUUAAGAACAAAAAAUUCAGAAUUUUAGAAAUCAGAUUCAAUGGAGGAAGAAAGAGAUAUUAGGGAUGAUGUUCCUUGUUCUUCUAUCACGUCUGAGUCCGUCGUUCGUUUCGGAACUGGAGGAGCAAUUUGGGGUUUAUGCAUAGGUUUAUAUGAUUCUCGUAAGAAUGGUCUUACUGGUUUUUCCAGAGCUUCCUAUGUGGUAAAAUCAGUUGGUAAAUUGGGACUACAAUGUGGAUUUUUUGCUGGGAUAUAUACUGGUACGCAGUGUGGGGUUGAAAGAUACCGUAGAAAGAAGGACAUGCUGAAUGCUUCAAUUGCUGGUGCUGUAUCUGGGGCAGCUAUCGCCAUCAAGACCAGAAGCUUGACACAAGUAGUUGGCAUGGCAGUUCUGGUAUCCGGUAUCACAUCUGCAGCUAAUGUUGCGCGAACAAACUGAUUCAAUUCCUGCUUGAAGAAAACUGUAAGAAGAGAUUCAGUCAAGGUGAUCCUCACCUUCAUGUAUUGCUCACUUGUGUCUUGAUUCCUUUACUGAUUUAAGUGAAAAUACUCGUUAUGGUAUCCUAAAUUUAUGCUUUCAGUUUUGCUCAACGUGUUCCAAGUCUGACCAGUUUUUUUUUUAUUUUCUUUCUUAUUUUAAGACAAUCGUAAGAUCAAUUAUCAGAAUAACAUUUCCA